UCACAUUUCAUAACAGACCUUAGUUCCCUGAAGGACAAGUCUCCAUGUUGUCCACCAAUAGAGAGGAAAGGCGGAGUCAGGUGGAAAGACAACAAGCGGAGGAUCCUACUUGACUUUGCUGUGAGGACGUCCGGAUACUUUCUGAAGAAUCUCCCCUUGUCUGACAGCUCCAGAAACUGAAGAAUAACUCAGGUGGUUGACAACCGACAACACGUUGAAGGUACAGACCGCUGCUGCACGUGCUCGUCUCCUCCUGUGAAGAAUAACCGACAGUACCACCGGAGCUGCUCCGGGUUUACUGCCGCCUCCGGUGCCUCCUCCGCGGCUUUGUCCGCCACAUUCUCCGGUGCUAAGAUGGAGAAGCAGCCACUGCCAACUGACGACGACAUGACAGGAACCACAGGGUCAGAGGUCAACGGCUACGCUGGUGAGGAGAACGAGCAGGCCUUAUCGGGGCGUCCCGCUCGAGCUGGAUGGAACAGUAAAAUUGAGUACUUCCUGGCCCAGGUGGGGUUCAGCGUCGGUCUCGGCAACGUCUGGAGGUUUCCUUAUUUGUGCCACCAGAAUGGAGGAGGAGCUUUUCUCCUCCUGUACGUGCUGCUGAUGCUUGUUGUGGGCAUUCCCCUGUUCUUCCUGGAGCUGGCGGCCGGUCAGGCCAUCCGACAGGGCAGCAUUGGCGUGUGGAAGUACAUCUCUCCCAGGCUCGCAGGGAUCGGCUAUUCCAGCUGUGUGGUGUGUUUCUUCGUGGCUCUCUACUACAAUGUGAUCCUUGCGUGGAGUAUUUUCUAUCUUGGGAACUCGUUCCAAAACCCUUUACCAUGGAGCCAGUGUCCAGAACAGGGGAAUGUAACAGUUAAAGAAUGUGAGAAGAGCUCCCCAACGUCUUACUUCUGGUACCGCAAAGCUCUGGAUACUACAGACUCGAUUGAUGACACAGCCUCUCUCAACCCUUACAUCACCUGCUGCCUUCUGGCGGCCUGGACCGUCGUGUGCCUGGGAAUGUUCAAGGGUAUCAAGAGCUCUGUGAAGGUGAUGUACUUUUCCUCCAUCUUCCCCUAUGUGGUUCUGUUCUGUUUCCUUGUCCGAGGACUCCUGCUGGACGGAGCCUCAGAGGGAAUCAGCUACAUGUUCUAUCCCAAGCUGGAAAUCUGGGCUGACGUGCAGGUGUGGCGGCAGGCGGCCACACAGGUGUUCUUUGCCCUGGGUCUCGGCUUCGGGUCCAUUAUUGCCUACUCCUCCUAUAAUCCAAGGAACAACAACUGCCACCGUGACGCCUUCACUGUCUCCUCUAUCAACUUCCUCACAUCCGUGCUGGCCACUCUGGUGGUGUUUUCGGUUCUUGGCUUCCGCGCCAAAGGCAAUGUCAUGAAGUGUGUCGUCAGUAAUGUAAAGGAGCUGUCAGAACAGUUUCACAACAGUAAUGUGGACCUAAGCCGGAUGCCAAGCUUCAACUACUCUGCCCCCAGUUCUGUGAGUCUGGAGGAUUACAAGGCCUGGUUUAAACAGCAUGGAGCGAGCAUCCCUGGUAAUUUAACAGACUGUGACCUGGAAAAAGAGAUGCAGAAGGGCGUGGAGGGCACGGGCCUGGCUUUUAUUGCCUUCACAGAGGCCAUGUCACUUCUGCCUGGAAGUCCUUUCUGGUCGGCGCUCUUCUUCCUCAUGCUGCUCAAUUUGGGGCUCAGCACGAUGUUCGGCACGAUGGAGGGCAUCCUCGCUCCCCUCACUGACCGCUUCAAAACUCUGGCCAACAACAAGACCAAAUUCACAAUAUUCAGCUGCAUCAUUGGCUUUGUGAUCGGCCUGCUCUUCACCCAGCGCAGUGGGAACUACUUUGUGAUGAUGUUCGACGACUACUCUGCCACGCUGCCCCUCAUCAUCGUGGUGGUCUUUGAGACCUUCAGUGUGUCUUGGUUAUACGGAGCCGACAGGUUCCUCGACGACAUCGAGGCAAUGCUGGGCUGGCGUCCCUCUGUGAUUUACAAAUAUCUGUGGAAAUACAUUUGCCUGUUUGCUAUGCUGGGUUUACUGGGAGCCACUGGCAUUCGCAUGGUCAUCACACGACCAACUUACAUGGCAUGGAACCGAGAGAAGGCCACCGAGGAGCACCUGCCGUACCCUGACUGGGCUCUGGCCGUUCUGGCCUUACUGAUCAUAUUUGCCAUGCUGCCCGUGCCCGUCGCCUUGAUCCACGCUCUCCUGCAGGAAAGGACAAAGAAAAGAUCCCGAGAAGCAGAGAAUGGUCAGUACAGCAUUGUGAGCACGGACGACAAGUUCGAGACUCCGAUGACCGACAUGACACAGCUGGACCAAAGGAAUGGGACCGCCGAUUCCUUAUCGUGAAUAUUGAACUUGUGGGAAAUGACCUUCAGCACCCAGUCAAAGAUACAGUGUGCCACUUUCAAGGAUGGUUUAAUCAUAUCUCUCUCUUCAGUGUAGGCAUGACACAAAACAACUAUUGCAGUUUGUAAAAGAAAAUUCCCUAUUUUAUUAUUUAAAACCUUUCUUUUAAUACUUUUAUGAAGUCCACUCGUAUACAGAUGAUUUUAUAAUUACUGCUGAUCCAGCAACACUCGUCCAUCUUCAAACUGGUUGAAGCAAUCGCAACCAUUUAUCUAAAGUGGGGCAGGUUUUACACCAUAACUCUCAGGAGUGUCCAAUUAGAGCGCCACUGAAUCCUGAUCAUUAACCAACAUGGCUGCUGCUGAUGUGAAGAGGUGUGAUGACUCAGCUAUUGAGACAGUAUUAAAAUAAACUGGUUGGUCUAUUUUCUCUAAGGGGAGAAACACAAACACCUGUACCUUGUUGUCUGUUUACAUAUUUUCUGUCGCUCUGGUUACAUCACUCUGCCUGGAAACUGAAAAUUAACUGAGAGAUUCCAGACGAGUGUAAUAUGGAAAAUACAGAACAAACCAUUUACAACAACAGAUUCUUUGAGCGUUGUUGUCCAAAUGAGCAAAAAAAAAAUCUGCACAAGCCAUAACAUAUCACAUCCUCUUCCUGCAUUUUUAUUUUUGUAUAAAAUCUUAAAAAGCCAAGUUUUGCUCCUCAUUGUAUUUUAGACAAAAAUCCCAACGUGUUACAGUAAACAGUGUCCCCCUCCAUGUGAACUUUACAGAGCUGUUACGUGCUAUUUUUAUUUUUCUAUCUUAAACUUUUCACAGCACAGUAAACUGAUGUUAAAAGAUGUGUUGCUUUAGAUUAUCAGUUAUGUCUUGGGGUGAGUAACACCAAUAUAAACGAUGGGGCCUUAAAUCAAACAGGAAAACUACAUUAUAAUUAUAAUGAUAGUUGAUUAUAGCCUUGCUGUAGCUGUGCGUUAGGCAGCAUUUCGUACAGUGCACGUAGCACCACACAGAUGCUGUUUUUUGUUGCUGAUGAGUGUGAGGAAAAGAUUCUGUUAAAGGAAACAGAUCUGUUGUAUUAGAGACAGAUCUGUUGUAUUAUUACUCCACAUUCUCUUCUCAAAGCUCAGAAACCACAGGUACUUUUAUUAGCAGAUAGUGAGAUUGUUACAUCAGGUCGGCGAAUUCAGUUGUGUUGACACUAAACUGUUAUUUGGUACAGUGAAGUGUUCUUAACCACACACAAUGUUUACAGCUCAACACACUUGAGGCCUGAGUUUCAUAUUUACAUGUAUGUAUGCAGAGGUACCUGCACACGUCGUAUGGUAACAUGCUCUGUUGAAAUCCUACUGUCAUUUCAACUCGGUUGUAAAUGUUUCAAAACAUUUAUUUAUUUUAGCGUCACUGUGUCUUCCUUGUGUUUAAACGUGUCAGGUUUAAGAAAGUGUCUGUGAUUUCCAACAGUAGCAGCAAAACAUCCGCAGCACUUUCAUUUUCUUUUCUGAAUGGGUGACGGAAUACAAACACUGAGCGGAAACUCACAUUUUAAUUGUAAAUAUGUAUAAAAUACAUUGAGACUCCUCAAGAACAAAUGUUUUAGACAUUCUGUGGGACUUUAUUUGUAAAUCAAUUUAGCAUGAAGCUUUGUUUAUUUCUAGUGUUUCUUUUCUUUCUGGUUUAAGUAGAAACUAAAAGUCCAAACCAGACAGUUUUUAUACUUUAACUGUGACUGUUAAUCAAGUAAUUAGUGUUUUAAAAUGUUGUACAAAAUGAUUUUUAGUCUUCAGUCCUUGAUCACUUUUGUCUAUUUUUAUCAGCCAUUUUUCUGAAGUUAAAUGUUUUGAUAAUGUACGGUGGGUUACGAUGAAAAUGAAUUGACCUUAUGAACUUCAAUGCUGUUGAACAUAUCUGUAUCAAGUGCCUUUAUAUUCAAUGAGGCCAAAUGAACUAAUUGUCAAAAACAUUCCAGCAUCAAAUUGUUUCACUUUUCAAUCUUGUCUGUAGUUAGUUUGUAUGAAAUGAACUUUUGAGAAAAUGUAAUAUAAUUCCUCUGCUACUGUAUAUAAUGCCAUUUUUUUUAAAUUAAAAACUUGCAGCAUCA